UAGUAUUAACAGUUGGUGCCCGACUGGACGAAGAUUGAAUACAAAAAGGCAAACUAGUAUCGGAAGUCAAACAUAGAUCGAUCAAUCAAUCUUACAAUCUAAUGGCUGCAAUGGCUCAACCUAUCAGUUACCCGGCGGCGACAAGCGGCCCUGAUCCAAUCGUAGUUGUCGGCUCUGAAUUCUGUACAUCCUACCCAAUUGAUAUCGUUAUCCAAAGGAAGCUCCUCACCCUCAAGGAAUGCAACUUCGUCGUCACUGACGUAAAUGGCAAUAUCUUGUUUCAGAUUAAAGGUAAACUCUUCAGCCUCCAUGACCGUCGCUCCAUCCUUGAUGCCGCCGGAAACCCUAUUCUCACUCUGCACCAGAAGACAAUAACAGCACAUAGGAGAUGGAAUGUUUUCCGUGGAGAUGACACAGAAUCUAAGAAUCUACUUUUUAGUGUAAAGAAGUCUUCACUUAUUCAAUUCAAGACUGAAUUGGAUGUUUUCAUGGCCGGAAACACAGAGGAACAUACUUGUGACUUCAAGAUUAGUGGAAGCUGGUUGGAUAGGUCUUGUGUAAUUUAUGCUGGAAAUACUAAAAACUUGGUUAUUGCCCAGAUGAAGAAGAAGCACAGUGUUCAGAGUGUUGUUCUUGGGCAGGACACAUAUUCGGUGACUGUUUGUCCGAAUGUAGAUUAUGCAUUCAUAGUUGCACUUGUUGCUGUUCUUGAAGAGAUUAAUGCAGACAGAAAUGGAGAUGAUUGAGAUUAAUUCAUGUCCAACUUCCAGAUUUCUUCUUCUUCUUCUUCUUCUUCUUGCCUAACUUGGUUUAUGAUCCAUAUUCUCUGUAAACAAACUUCCAUUAGAAUAUGGGCUUGUUUUAUUUAUUUGGGAUUUUCUUGUUUGAUGAAAAAAUUGAUGAUUUAGGGAAGGUUUAAAUGUUAUAAAGAAUAAAGAAUUGAUUGA